CGGAUCAUGGCCGGACGACUCCGUGACUCCUCGUGGUUUUUGUCAUGAUAUAAUAAACUACAUAUUAAAGUUUGUUGUAAAUCUUAAUUCCCGUCUGCCGUCUGGCAUCUGUGAGAUUCCUCGUCGAUGCGGUAUAUUGCCAUCCGUUGGUAGCCGAACGCAGCUGAGACAGUCGUUUGAAUUGAUUUCGGGACCUUCUGUGUAAUCAAACCACAGAAUCGGUUAUUCUGUGAUCAGACAUCGGUUUAGAACACAACCUGCCUUGGGGAUAGCUGUAAUCACACAAACACUCAAUACCGAAACAUUCAAAACGUAUGCCCACUGAUCACUCCACUGUCGAUGCACAUUGCCCGAGGCUUUUGAAGUUUCAGUAUUUGAAAUCGACACAGGAAUGUGUGUGUGUUCCAUUUGAGUUUCUGUGCGCAGCUUGACAACGCAGUAUGGUUUUCCUAUGCGCGUGAUCGCCAUCAACUUGUCACCCAUUUCCGAGUGACAAAAUAAAUAUUCUUAAAUGACUUCAAUGAAAGACUGCCUACAAGUUGAAGUCGCUGGUGAUGCUGAUGCUGUUAUUAGUGUUGAAUAUACUAUUGAAAAUCCUGCAUUGUAUACAGUUGAAAAUAAUCAUGUUUCUUUGGUAUCUGAAAAUUUUGAAAAAUGUAUCAAGCUUGAACCUGAUAUGUUGGAUGAUUGCAUGUGGGAAAGUAGAAUCAAAAUUACCAAAGAUGUUGCCAACCAAAGUAAUAUGGAGUUACCCUUGGAAUAUCAGGAUGUCACAGAUAAUAUUUACUUGAAUCCUGGAAAUACAAGUGAUAUAAUAUUUCAUUGUAAUAUUUGUGGAAAAAGCUUUGUUUAUAAUUAUCUUUUAAAAAAACACUUGGCCAAACACAAAAAACAAGUAAAUUAUAAAACUAAUAAAUGUAAAUUUUGUGGAAAACAGUUUAAGUUAAAAUUUGGUUUGGCUAGACACAUUCAAAAACAUCACAAUUCCAUGCGUGCAACAAUUUUAUCAACUGCUCCGCACACCAAUAUCCUGAACAAAGACAUUAUUUCAUAUCCAGGGCAAACUAAAAUCAUAUCAAACAACAAUAGCCCUCCUCUAAAUAUUAAACAAGAAAAAAAUUUCAGGACAACUCUCAAGGAUACAAAUAGUUCAGAUCAAAUGAAUUUAGCAAACAGCAAUGAAUCAAUUGUAUUGACUGAUUCACAAAACUCAAUGGCAAACAUCCUAAAUAUAAAGCAAGAAAAUGGCUUACAUAAAAAUGUCAAAGAAAGAAACAAUUCAGAUCAAAUAGAACACCAGGUAGUGUGGAGUCCUGAAUAUCCAGAGUCAUAUCCAUCAGACGCAAACAUAAUGCUAAUGAAGGAAGAAGAUGCCUCUAGAGUAAUGGUCAGAGACCAUUUUCAACUAAUAAACAACAAACUGCAAUCAAAUGUAUUGAGACAUAAUGCAAUAUCAAACAACAAUAGCCCUGCUCUAAAUAUUAAGCAAGAAAUAAACUCCAGGACAACUCUCAGGGAAACAAAUAGCUCAGAUCAAAUGAAUUUAGCAAACAGCAAUGAAUCAAUCGUAUUGACUGCUUCACAAAACUCAAUGACAAAUAUCCAAAAAAUAAAGCAAGAAAAAAACUUGUAUACAAAUGUCAGAGAAAGAAACAAUUCAGAUCAAGUGGAUUCGGUAAAUAGCAAUGAAUCAAUUUUGGCCGACAAACCUCAUGAUUUAAUGGCAGAACAAUUCCCUAUUAAUACAGUUAAUAAUAAUAUUGUAUCUAUAGUCAGAGACAUGCCUUAUUUCUGUAUUAGAAAAUUGUCUAAUAUUAAAAGUGAAUUUUGCAAUGAUGAUUAUGAUCAGACUUCACAAAACAAGCUUAUAUUUACAUGUAGAAUUUGUAAAAAUUCUCCAUCUACAGAUAUACAUUCAUUUGCAUUACACAUGAGUGAACACAGGGAGUGCAAAUUGCAUGAAUGUAUUGUGUGCGAUAAAACAUUCAACUCUGUAGUUCUUUGGACAGCCCAUAUGAUAUAUCAUCAACAGCAAAUAGAUUUAAAUGUAUCAACAGUUCAGUUUAAUCAUUUAGAAACUGAAUCUAAUACAUUCGACCCUAUUAAUUCUAGAAACAUGGAACCUCAAGUUUUUACAAACUUAAAAGAUAGAAAAUGCAAAACAAUAAGAAACACUGAUUCUGCGACAAUGUCAAGAAACCAAAAAAAAGAAACCAAAUCAUCGUCAACUAAAAAAACGAAUUUCUGUAAUUUCUGUAAUAGGAAAUUUACAAAGCGCUGUUCUUUUACAAAUCAUAUGAUGACGAAGCAUAAUAUAAAUACAAACACACCAAAACAACUUACAUCGAUUGAUUGUAACGAAUCAAUCAUUCAGUCUGAAAACAUAAAGUCGACUGAUGAAUACAAAAACAAAUUAUCAAUUCCGGUAAAUAACAAAAAUAACAAUCUGAACAACCGUGUUAAAAAAAGCAAUAAGAAAAAAUCAACAUUUUGCAUACUUUGCAACAAACAUUUUGCAUAUAUUGGUACGCUAAUCCAUCACAUGCGUAUUCAUGGACAACAGUUUCCCUGUGAUGCAUGUGAGAAAAAAUUCUCUACUCCAUUCCAAUUAAAUGUUCACCGAAAGUCACAUUCUGAAAUUUUACCAUAUGUAUGUACGAUUUGUAAUAAAUCAUAUAAGUUGAAAUAUCGAUGGAAUCAUCAUUUAAAAAGCCACUAUUAAAAAGACGAUUCAAAUUUAAAAAUUAAACAGCUUACUAAUAAUCUAAAACCAAACAUUUCAAAACUAAAGAUUGAAUGUAUAAGUCAAAAAGAUAAAAUAAAAUGUCGAUAUUGCAAAAAAGAAUGUAACUCAAUAUCUCAGUGGAAAAAUCAUAUAUCAAUGAGCAAGGAAUGUCGUCGCCAUGGUAAAAGUUACCUUCCAGAAUUUACAUUGAAUAAAACAGACAUCAAUACCGGCUCACAAAAAGACAAAUUAAUGGACAUAAUUCAACAAAAACCAACGAUUAAGAAACAAAAUAAAAGUAAUCACUAGAGUUAGGAUGUUGAUGACUUUUGCAUUUUUUUUCCUUUUAUUCUGUACAAUACUAUCCUAGCUAAAAAUUUGUUUCAUGCUCCCUUGAUGCAGAAUAUUCUAAUUUUAUUUUGGAUUUUUUGCAUUUUUAGCUAUAAAUACAUUUUUUUUGUUUUUUAACGUCAUUUUUCAACAUUUUUAAGUCAUUUUUUCAUCUUUUAGGGCCUUUGUUUGUACUUUUUAUACAAUUUGGGGCAUUUUUUACAAAUUAUAGAUUUUAGGGCAAAUGUUACACCCAAGUUUGGAAACAAAUUUAAUUUAUUUAAAAUCUAACUUUAGAUUUGGACUAUUAGUAAAAAAUAAUUUUGAUAUUAUUGCGGGGUUUUUUUGUGAUUACAUUUAUCGUGUUCCGAUAAGAUUUACUCUUUGAGUGUUAUAUAUUGAUGAAACAAGUGCUCUUUCAGACAUACGCCGAUCAUACACGCUUAUCGAGUAUCAUAUUUAUAAAUUGUUUAUUUAUUUUAAAUUUAUUAACUGAUCGACGUCGUCGUGUUUUGUUUGAUAACAUCAGACACAUAUUAAUUGUACAGUGCAACAAUGCAAUAUGAAUA